CUUAAUUUUUGAAUAAAUUUCAGCAAAGUAUUUCUGGAUCGUUGUAUACCGGAUUUUGUGGAAAAUACUGCUGGUGGCUUAUUUGCUGGUUCUGGAGCUCAGAGUUUUGUAAAUGAUGUUGUUUCUGAUCUAAAAACUUGUUCAGAUUUACUCCUUCUAAUGGCAGCUAUUGCAUUAGUGUUAUCCUUGCUGAUGACGAUGGCAUUCAGAUUCCUAGCUAAGGUUAUUGUUUACGUGAUCAUUGGUGUGGUUGUUGUUGGAUGUAUUGCUGGAACUGUCCUGCUCUGGGUUCUGUGGUAUCUCAAGGACCAGGAUAUUAAAUUACAGGCAGCUGAGGAAUCAAAACCUAACAACCAAUCAGCGAUAAUGAACACUACUGAACAGAUUACAAGAAACUUUCUUGGCAGCUCUUCACAAGCAAAUUCGCAGGCGGAAGUGAAUUAUUUCCUGGCUGGAGCUAUCAUCGCUACAGUGGUCACGGCUGUUAUUCUAUUGAUCCUGUUAGUUUUGAGAAAAAGAAUCCAGCUUGUUGUUCAGCUGUUUAAAGAAGCUGGAGCAGCUGUUCAUGCCAUGCCUCUUCUAGUUUUUGCACCAUUUGCGACUGUUGUGCUGCAAGCUAUAGUUGGGGUCAGUUGGAUAUAUGGAACACUUUGGAUUGAAUCAUCAGGAUAUCCACAGAAAGUGAAUAGCACUGGAUUUAUCACCUACACUAAGGAUCUAACAAUACUUUGGAUGAGAUGGUAAGUACACUGUACACUGUAC